AUGCAUCAUCCAUGGUCUCCGGAUCAGCCAGAUGGUGUCCACAUUAGUGCUUUGGAACUCGAUCAGCUUGAUGAAGGAUGCUUUCAAUUUGGAAGACCUGAUCAUCUCGACACAGAGAUCUUGUUGCCGAUUACCUGCGGUGAUCUUGGAGGGAAUAACGCCCAGGAGGUGGAGCAUAAUCUCGAGCAUUUUUUCUAUCUGGCAAGAAAAUGGGGAUGCGUGUUGCUUCUCGAUGAAUCGGAUGUAUUUCUAAGUGAGCGAAUGCCAGGGAAUAUCGUACAGAAUAGCCUUGUAUCCGUCUUUCUCCGAGUACUGGAAUACUACUCCGGAAUCCUAAUCCUAACAACCAACCGCGUGGGCCAAUUCAACGAAGCAGCCCUCUCGCGCGUCCACACCACACUCUUCUACACAAACCUCAACGAAGGCGACACGCUCAGAAUCUAG